CAGACUAAGUAGAGGAAAAUGGCCUAGACUGGUUAAAGCUGAUUGGUACUUGUACAGACGGGGCGCCUUCCAUGAUGGGCAUCCGUUCUGGUUUUCAGGCACUCGUGAAGCAAGUUGCUCCUCAAGUUUUCGGCUAUCAUUGCUUGAUACACCGUUACGCUUUGGCUGUGAAAACGCUUCCACCAGAUUUGCUAAACACGUUGAGUGACAUAGUAAAAAUUGUUAAUCAUAUUCGAGGCAGCGCCACUAACUCAAGAUUAUUCAAAGUUUUGUGCGAUGAAGUUGGUGCUACAUUUAAUGCUCUUUUGUACCAUACAGAGGAUAAAAUCGCAAGUUUUUUGCGCAAAUUGGAACUUUACCAACGCAGAGUUCAAGCUGGUGAUGUGUCAAUGUUUACACAGCUAAGUGAGCAAUUAGCAAAUAAUAAUACAUACAAUAAAUAUAAACAAGAGAAAAUCACGUUUGAAAAUUCCGUGGUUCAACAUUUAACUGCCGUGAUAGACUCACUGCAGCAAUAUUUUCCGAACAUGGACAGUCGUGAGUCCUACUCCUGGAUUUUAAGACCAUUUUCUACUUGCGUCGAUAUUUUCAAGGACGAAGAUGUGUCAGCGAAAGUAGAGUUUCUCGGGCUGCGUGAGAAUAACUCAUUGAAAGUUGAUUUUCAAAAUGAUAAACUAAGCACAUUUUGGCGAAAAGCAGCUGCAGAAUAUCCCAUUAUAGCUGACAGAGCUUUAAAAAUGUUGAUUCCAUUUGCUACAACUUACAGAUGUGAAACUGGUUUCUCAACUCUUGUUACAUUAAAAACAAAAGCCAGAAACCGUCUGAAUGUUGAGCAUGACAUGAGAUGCGCGUUGAGUGAAACCGAACCUAAUAUUGUCAAACUUGCGAAUGCAAAGCAAUUUCAACCUUCACACUAGUUAACUCCAAGAUUUACAUAUUACUUUACUUGACUAGUUACCUAAACGUGCAAUUUCUUAGAAUUUAGUUAGAUAAUAAACAUAUUUUCGUUCGAA